AAGUACAUGUUGUCAACUUCACUCAUCCUCUGAGUCACACAGACUCGAGCUGAGCUUCUCAUUGUCACGAUGGAUUGAAUCAUCUGUUCCAUAAUCUCCUGUAUCCAGCUGUCUUUCUGUUGCUUGCCAGUCCAUCGGGUGUUGACUAGAACAAACUCACCCUGAUACAAAUUGCGAUGAUGCAACUCGAGGCGCUAGACGAUAUGGUUCUCAACUGAGUCGUCUCAUAGCAUACGCUCAUGUCUGCAAACGUUACUUCUACGUCUCCUUCCGACUGGAAAUACGUCUCCGAAGGGGGAUCUUCCAUUGUGUUCUCGUAUGUAGGAGCACCAAGUCCAGAUUUCGAUGGAACCGCGCUCAGACUCCGUAAGGUUGCUCACUAUCCAAUCUCUCCAGAGACAAUUGUAUCAGAGGACAUCGAAGAGCAAGAGGAUCCAACCAUCCUAUUCCAAUGUCAGGUAAUUCAACGACUGAUACCUUCUGAGUAUCUUCCUCGACUGGAAUCGGUGGAUGUGGAAGGUCCUUGGUUGGAGGAACUCGCUCGAUUAGCUGAGGAGCACAGGCCGUUAGAGCGUAGAGCCAAGGAUAAGAUCGAUGUGAGGAGACGGAAGGCUGUUCUUGCAAAUGACCUGGUCGGAGGGUCGGGUUGGGCUGUAGAGAUCAAGCCUAAGUGGGGGUUCCUCCCUAAUCCAACCCACCUUUCUCCAUCAACCAAAGUUACUAAGUCGCAGACAUGCCGAUUCUGCAUGCAUAGUCAUUUGAAAACUACAGAGGGCGAGGAUGCAUCGCUUGGUUAUUGUCCGUUGGACCUAUACUCUGGCGAGGAGAAAAGGGUACGAAAGGCUCUGGAUGUCUUGUGGGAUGCUUGGGUUGGUAGUUCAGGCGGCGUCAACAAUUUCAAAAUAUUCGUGGAGGGCCAUAUGCUGCGACCAACGACGUUUCCUUCUUCACUUGGCCCUAUUGCUCACCAAGUUUUCUCUGCUAACGCUGCUGAACCUUCACUGGACACGCUUCGCGAUCAAGUAAUUUCUCCACUGUUACCACUUCUCCUCGAGACCCCUGUUCUGCGCAUCCUUUCCACCCAUCAACGUAAUCUCGACGCGCUCGAUAUCGAAGGACUCUCUUCAUUGUGGAGCGAGACUCACAAACCUGCUGGCUCAUUGGAGGCGGCUCCAGUUCCACCUCUAGGCAAAGGCCUCUCACAACCAACGAUUGAAGAAUUAGAGAAUUUCGUUGAUGUCUAUCUGGAGAAGCACGCCAGUAUGGACCAUAACCAUCCUGACACCGCGGACCUCCGUUAUUACUGUAUCGCGUACCUCCUUUCUGCAACCUUCAAAGACUGCUCGAUUAUUCUCCGCUUACAUCCUGCCGUGGGCAAUACUCCGGCAAGAAGUUCGAUCACUGUGAUCGACUUGGAUGUCAAGAGCAUUGAUAGGCUGCCUACGUGGGAGAAAUUGGAUCAGAAGGUUGUGAAAGCGUAUGCUGGAGUCUCGCAGCCUACUCGUUGUUACGAUAGGUGGGCCCCGGCUAGGCUAUGAAGGAGCUUGACACUUAUGGCUGCUCGUUCUUGCCGAUCGCAAAUUAUGUGACUGUCGCCUCCGCCGCACGCAAUAUACAAACAUGUACAUAUAUUAUUGUAGUUCAUAGCGGUGGGGUAGGAAGGAUGCCUAUUGAUCAUACAACUGGAGAGAGAGACAUAUAUAUUGACAUACGAGAUACUAAGGAUAUCAUAGCAGCAUAGAAGAAGGCAUAUAAGGACGUGACGUAACAUAAUCCGAUCAGUCAUGAGUGGCUAUCUGCAUCUUGGAGACCUCUGUAUUCAUCCUCCUUCAGCUUAGGUUUUCCAGUUUUGCGAACCAUAAUUGCACCUACUUCACUAU